UAAAUGUCCUAAACGUUUCACAGUUUACGUAGUGCGCGUGGUAGUGUAUGUGUUCUCCUUUAAACGUAUUUAAUUAUGGAAACACAAUCUCAGAGCAAAACUAAUGCCGAUAAUACCAAAGUGGAAGAUAUCGUGAAAAAGCCUCUGACUCUUGAUGAUGUCCUGGUCAAUGAGCUAGGACAGUUCGGAUGGUUCCAGCUACGGAAUAUUCUACUAGUGGCUAUACCGAUUUUAAUGUCUGCAUUUCCUAAUGAAUAUAACUUCUCAGCAGCUGCUAUACCGCACCGAUGUCAAAUCCCAGAAUGCGGUGAAGUUGGCAAGACUCAUAAAUAUGAUCCUGAAUGGAUCUUUAACGCCAUACCUAAAACUGAUAAAGGAAUUGACAGCUGUCAGAGAUACACUCCAAUGAAUCUGGAAAGUAACGGAACCUGGAAUGAUUGCCCUGCCACCCUAUUUAAUAAUUUCUCAACCGUGGCUUGUGAAGGUUUUGUAUAUGCCAAAAAUAACACAGUUGUAUACGAAUUCGAUCUCGGAUGCCAAGAUUGGUUAAGAGCUCUCGCAGGCACAUUUAAUAGUAUCGGUACUUUGCUGGUCUUACCUAUUACUGGUUACGUUUCGGAUCGCUUCGGCCGAAGGUUCGCUCUUGUCAUAAGCGUUCUUAACUUGGGCACUAUUGGUCUCAUCCGAGCAUUUUCCGUCAAUUACACAAUGUACCUGAUACUUCAAAUCCUACAAACAACUCUAGGAGCUGGUACUUACAGUACUGCUUACAUUUUCGUUACAGAGCUGGUUGGCCCAAAGUAUCGUGUUUUUACUAGUGCUACUUCAUCCUCAUUAUUUGGACUUGGUCAGGUGAUUCUCGGCAGUAUAGCAUGGCUGAUAUCACCUUGGCGUUCCUUGCUAAUGGCUCUUCAUAUCCCUUGUUUUCUGAUAAUAUCAUAUUACUGGAUACUCUCCGAAAGUCUAAGAUGGCUGCUUUCGAAAAAAAAGUACUCCGAAGCUAAGGAAGUAUUGCAGACUAUUGCGAGAGUAAAUAAAACGAGUAUCAGUGAGAAGUCACUAAACACUUUGUUACAACAAUCCGAACGCAUUGAUACCUCUCAAUCAGUCGGUCCUGGAUUAGUACGUACCAUAAUAAGAUCUCCAGUUUUACGCAGAAGAGUAUGUACAACGCCCAUUUGGUGGAUCACUGCGAUCUUUGUUUACUAUGGAUUAUCCAUCAACUCUACUGGUCUCUCUGACACCAUGCACUUGAACUAUAUUUUGACAUGUGCUAUCGAGAUUCCUGGAUUUUACACAGCAGUACUUGUCCUGGAUAGAAUCGGCAGAAAGGCUACCUUAUCUUCGUGCUACUUCAUCUGUGCUAUAUGCAAUAUUGCCUUCGUCUUUAUUCCUAGUGACUUGACUGUUCUUCGGCUGAUAAUAUAUUUACUGGGAAAGUUUAGCAUUUCGACUGUGAUGACUUCAAUGUAUUUAUUCACGUCAGAAUUAUACCCUACGGAGUUCAGGCAUACAUUACUCGCAUUCUCUUCCAUGGUCGGCCGUAUAGGUGCAGUAAUAGCACCACUUACACCAGUACUUAAAGACUAUUGGCACGGCAUCCCAUCAUUCAUGUUCGCUGGCAUGGCCAUCUUAUCAGCACUGUUGGUAUUCACGCAACCAGAGACGCUGGGCAUUAAACUGCCAGACACUUUAGCUGAGGCUGAAGCUAUAGGAAACAUGAAAUUAAAGAAAGAAAUGCCUGAGAAGAACUAGAAUUUUUAUAUCAUGCAACAUUGUAAAUUUUGGGGUAAUGUUUGCAGUAAUUUGAAAAGAUCAAGCAAAAAGGAAUAAGUGUUUUUUUAAAUAGUUUAUAAGGAAGUUUCUAUCAGAGUAAGAUAGUAACAAUAACAUUUGUAUUUUAUAAAAGAAUUACAACAUGUUAAAAUAAAAUGAAAAUAUUGAUGUUUAUCAAACUAAAACCUACGAAUGUUUGCGAAAAAAAAGUUGUGGGCUCAAGUGUCAAUCGAUUCUGCUUGGUUGGAUGUAUUUCAAAGACAAGCGGAAAAUGAAAUAACACAAAUAAAAUAACAAAAAAAAAAACAAAUGAUAAAACCUUUUCAUCGGAAUGAUCGACAUACAGAUACUGAUCCCUGUACUUUAAAUAUUUCAUUGUUUAAUCAUACGUUACAAUGAAUAUGUAAUAAGAGUAUUUGAUGGCCACCUUAAGAGACUGCAUAGAUUACAUUAUUUAUUGUAUUA